AUGUCGACACCAUUGGAACGCGCCCUGACAGCCAUUGACGCCGCCCACGCGCUCGACCCAAACAAAGUAACCACCAACAAUGAAGAGAUGCCAUACGAACUGCACUACGCACAAAAAUGCACUUCCUACCUCGAGAAACGCGCCCCUGAUGCCUCAGAACCCCUUCGCAUAGCAAUCCGCGCCCAACACUUUCGCCGAUGGGAGGUACCACGAUCCAGCUACCCAAUGACACGCCCCGGCUACCACGCCUGGCGCACCUACCUCAAGAAACGACAAGCCGAGCUCGUUGAGCAAAUAUGCCGAGAUUCUGGGUACAGUAAAGAGGACAGCGAGACAGUGGGCAGUUUGAUACGGAAAGAGGAUUUGAAGGCUAACGAGGAGACAAUGGUGUUGGAGGACGUGGCUUGCCUAGUUUUCUUGGAUGACCAGUUCGAGGCGUUUGAGAAGGAACAUGAUGAGGAUAAGAUUGUGAGGAUAUUGCAGAAGACAUGGGGAAAGAUGACGGAUCAAGGGCAUGAGUUGGCGUUGAAGAUCCCUAUGGGAGAGAGGCCUAUGGAGUUAGUGAAGAAGGCGCUAGCAGGGUAA